AUGGUUGUCACUCAUCAAAGCGUACUAUUCGCUAUUUUGCUUUUCUUGGUUUCACAACAAACCAUAUAUGGUCUUCAAUGUUAUGAAUGUUCGAACUGUAUGACUCCAAAAAAUCUCGUCACUGUUAAAGGAUGUGAUUCAGGAUGCUCAUGCACUAAAAUAACAUCGGUGACUAAUGGGAAAGUAAUUCACAUAGGACGAGGAUAUACUCAAUCCUGUACGGAAUACAACCUCGUUCUUUUUAGUAGUGGCUACUUUCAGAAUUGCUGCACAGGCGAUGGAUGUAAUGCAGUUGGUUGGACUUUUACACAUUGA